AUGCUAGCCCCACCCCCAGCCAGAGCUGCCCACGGGGGCGGUGCCUUGGCUGGGAGGAGGCUGCUGAUGGUGAAGAAGGGUGUGGCGGACCCAGGGGAAUACUUCUGGCCUCCACUCCAGAAAGGAUGCCAAGACAUCACCAUUGCCUACAAAGUCCUGGAGGUUUACCCUCAAAGCCGUCUAGUGCGCAUAACAUGCGAGGCACCCAAGUUGCCCCAGCCCAUCACCUACUCUCUCUUGGCCAGCCGAGGCAUCCUGGUGGCAAAAAAGGUGGUACACAACUCCAGCCCCGCCUUAUUCAACAUCAACAUCACACUCAAGUCCAGUCCGGACCUACUCACCUACUUCUGUCAGGCGGCCUCCAACUCCAUCACCUAUGGGCCCAGCACGAGACUGCAGAUGUACUGGGAACUGUGGACCAAGCCGGUGUCCCAGCUGCAGGCUAACUUCACUCUGCAAGAUGGAGACUUAGGCCCCACAGUGGAGCUGUCCUGCCUGGCAUCCUCGGGCAGCCCACCCAUCACCUAUCGCUUGAUUGGGAACGAUGGUCGUGUUUAUGCACAGCAGAAGCCACUCCAUGGGCAGCCGGCCAGCUUCUCCCUCCCACUGACCCGGAUGUCCGGCUGGUUCCGGUGCCAGGCUGAAAACAGAGUCGGUGUCCAGAACAGCCCCCGUACCCUGCUCCCCCCAGGGGAGCUGUCCUUGAUGCGCACCGUUGUGACAGCCGGCAGUCUCAUCUCCAUUGCAUCCAUUGGUUCUGGGAUGCUGGGCUGGACCAGGUAAGUGCACCUGUGUCGUGCAAUGCCCGCUGAGGACAGAAG